GACAAAAUUUAACGAAAAACGGAUAUGACAGAAAACGAGCCCUUAAAUGAGAGUUCGCAGACGAAUGGCAAAAUCGUAGCGAUCGAUAGCGGCGGCCGAUUGAAUGGCAACGCUCAUACAAAUGGCAAAUUUCCAAAAGGCAAAGCGUUGCCCCUGCCGGAGCACAUUGAGGCGCCGUGUUGUCGUGACAUUCAUGGUGCUAAGGAGCCACCAGAUGGCGGUAUGCGUGCAUGGUUGGUAAUGAUAAGCGCAUUUCUUUGCAAUGGUGUAAUAUUUGGCAUCAUCAAUACAUACGGUGUGAUACAUAAACUGUUAACUGAACGCUUGCAGGAGCAAGGUGAUACGGAUGCGUCCAGUAAGGCGGCACUUGUUGGUUCACUGACGAUUGGAACUACAUUUCUGCUAUCACCCGUGGCCGGUUGCCUUACCGAUAAAAUCGGUCUACGUCUAACCACACUGAUCGGAGGAAUAUUAUCUUCCGGUGGUUUGCUGCUAUCAUCUUUCUUUACCUACAGUACCGGAGCGUUGUACGUUACCUAUGGCAUAAUGUUUGGACUGGGCGCGGCAUUGGCCUAUACACCGACUUUGGCCAUAUUGGGUCACUAUUUCAAACGAUAUCUGGGCAAAGUUAGUGGUUUUGUGACGGCCGGUUCGAGUGUAUUCACCGUUAUUUUGCCACCCGGCAUGGAUUACUUAAUUAAGACGUACGACCUGGAAACAACCCUGCGAAUAAUGAGCCUGAUAUGUACAUUUGUUAUUCUGUGUUCGUUUGUCUACAAACCACUGCAUCCACCGCCAGAGCCACCCAAGAAGAAACCUGGUCGCUCGAAGGCUAGCAUGGUAAUGCGUUCCAUAAUCAAUGUGGAAAUAUGGAAGCGUAAGAAGUAUGUGAUCUGGGCGCUGUGUAUUCCUAUGGCCCUGUUCGGCUAUUUUGUACCCUAUGUACACAUGAUGAAGUUCGUCCAAAUGACCUAUCCAAAUAAUGAUCAAAAUCUUCCGGUAAUGUCCAUUGGUAUUACUUCGGGUUUAGGGCGUCUGAUAUUCGGAGCGAUAGCAGAUCUGCCCGGUGUCAAUAGGAUAUAUUUGCAGCAACUUUCGUUGAGUUGCAUUGGUGUGGUUACAAUCCUUCUUCCUCUCACCAGUUCCUAUGUUCUGCUGAUCGUAUUCAGUUUGAUAAUGGGUCUAUUCGACGGCUGUUUCAUAUCAUUGUUGGGUCCCAUUGCCUACGAGAUAUGUGGGCCAUCGGGAGCAACUCAAGCAAUUGGCUUUUUGCUGGGCUUAAGUUCGCUACCACUUACCAUUGGGCCUCCGGUGGCUGGAAUCAUUUUCGACAAAAUGGGUUCAUACACAAUACCGCUGAUAUUGGCUGGUAUACCACCGAUCAUUGGUUCGGCAAUACUCUUCUUGAUACGUUUCAUAAAAGACGAACCAACGCUGGAGAAAACAAAUGGUGUUAUUGUCGUAGCAAAUGGUACAGAUGCAAAUGGCGGUGAUAAUGAUGAAGAUGUGGAGAAAAAUCUAGCAUCCAAACAAAUACAACCCCUAAUGAAUGGACAUUCCAAAACAGCAACCCAAAACGGUAACGGAUCUCUGGAACAUCGGCCGGAAUCCGAAACACAACAAGAUCCACCUACCGCCAAUGGCAAAGCUCGUUUGGCCGAUUCAGAAUCUCUGACGGAUGCACUGCCCGCGUACAAAGAAAAUGUUUAGCAAAUAAAUAUUCACUAAUUGAUUUAUUGUUGACUAAUUAGACUAAGUUUUUUUUUCUAUAAAAA